AUGUUAACAUCUUCAUUUAAUCAACCAAAGCUUUGUCUAACACCAGCUUGGAAUCCUUUUGGAAUCACUUUUGCUAAUGAAACAACUGUUGGGUUUUAUCCAUGCGUCAUUUUUAUCGAUAUAAACAACACAGUUUAUACAGUUAAUGAUGAAAAGAAACGAAUUUUAAUAUGGAUUAACAAUAGUAUCAAUCCAAACAAAAUUAUUUCUGACAAAUUCAUUGAUUCAAAUUCCAUCUUCGUUACAAAUAAUGGUGAUAUUUAUUAUCAUAAUGGUGUCGGGAAUAGUCGAGUCGAUAAAUGGAUAUCAGAUACGAAUACUUUUGUUAAUGUCAUGAAUGUUGAUGCACCAUGUUCUGAUCUCUUUAUCGAUAUUAAUGAUAUUUUAUAUUGUUCAAUGUCUCUUCGUGAUAAAAUUGUGAAAAGAUGGUUAAAUGAUAGUGAAAUAAUAUCAACAACUGCAGCUGGAACGAAUAUUAGUGGUUCGGGUUCGGAUCAGCUUAAUAAUCCUAGGGGUAUAUUUGUUGAUGUAAACUUUGAUUUAUAUGUGGCAGAUUGUUACAAUCAUCGAAUACAACUAUUUAAACAUGGAGAAUUAAAUGGAACAACAAUCGCUGGAAAAGGAUCAUUAAAUAAUAUUAUUUCACUCAACGCUCCAUCUGGAGUUGUAUUAGAUGCUGAUAAAUAUCUUUUUAUUGUCGAUUCCGGCAAUUUUCGUAUAAUUCGAUCAGGAUCAAACGAUAUUCGAUGUAUAAUUGGAUGUGAUAAUGCAGGAUCACAAUCUCAUCAAUUAUAUUAUCCAACAAGUCUGAGUUUCGAUAGUCAUGGAAAUAUAUUUAUUGCUGAUAGCUUCAAUAAUCGCAUACAAAAAUUUGAUUUCUUAUCAAAUUCUUGUGUAAAUCCUGAUAAAUGUGUUAUUGGUGGUUCAUGCAAUGUUCAAACUAAAGGUAUUGGUAUAACUCUUGAUGAUAUUUUACGUUAUGAAAUUAACCGAAAUGUGACAUUAAAGAAUCAACCGUUAUUAGUGAAAAUGAGUGUUGCUUUAACAAUAAUUAUGUUUCUUUUGGGUUUAAUCAAUAGUAUUUUGUCACUUUUAACAUUUCAAAAUGCAAAUUUAAGAAAAGUUGGAUGUGGAAUAUAUCUUUUAGCUUCUUCAAUUACUUCUCUUCUGACAAUUUCUAUGUUUACAAUCAAUUUUUGGUUUGUUCUUCUCACUCAAAUGAAUUCAUUAAUUAAUUUAUCUAUUCAUCGAGUUGGAUGUAUUGCUAUUGAACCUCUUCUAAAACUUUUUCUUUAUUUUGAUACAUGGCUCAAUGCUUGUGUUGCUACUGAACGAGCAAUUCAUGUUUAUCAAGGUGUUCAUUUUAACAAAGAAAAGAGUAAACGUCUUGCUCGAUGGAUUAUAUUCAUCUUACCACUUUGUAUCACAGCUACAAUCAUUCACGAACCCUUACAUCGAAAUAUUUUCGAACAUCGAGUAAAAGACGAUAUGGAUAAAACAAAAAUAAUAGAAAGAAAUAUUUGGUGUGUAAUUAAUUAUUCUCAUGCUGUUCAAGAUUACAAUAUAGCUAUUCUUUUCGUUCACCUCAUUGGCCCAUUUAUUGCUAAUCUUUUUUCUGCUUUAUUUAUUAUUUUUGGAACUGCUCGGCAACGAUCAUUAGCUCAGACGAGUCAAAACUACAUUGCACAUAUUCGUGCACAAUUACGAGAACAUAAACAAUUAGUAAUUAGUCCAGCAAUUCUACUUAUUCUAUCAAUGCUACGUUUGAUCAUUUCAUUAUUAUCUGGAUGUGUGAAGGUACAUGAUAAUCCUUGGCUAUAUCUUUGUGCUUAUUUCAUUUCAUUUACUCCAUCGAUACUUGUCUUUGUUGUAUUUGUCGUUCCGUCGAAAUUGUACAAAAAAACACUGAAAGAAUCAUUGACAACUUGGCAACGACGGAUUCGUCGCUGA